AACAAAUUGUUGAGCAAUUAGAGCAAGAAAUUAAAGAAAUUAAUCAGGAGUUAGGAAUAGAUGAUAAAACUGAUGCCCCCAAACCUAAUCCAGGCAAGCCCACUAAAAAUCCUCAGUCUCCCAAAGAAAGAGAUAAUGAUUUACCCAAUAAGGACAAAGGGGAUAAUCCUAAACCAACCCACAAUCCUGAUAAAACUCCUCCACCUUCCAACAAUCUCGAAGCCGAAAGAACAAGACUAAUCAACGAACUAGAAAAAUCCUGUGAAGAAAAACAGCCAAAAUUACCAAAAAAGGCUAUCAAGAAGUUUGUUAAGCAAAUCGAGAAUGCUUCCUUAACUGAAUUACCGGCCAUUUUCCAGCAAGCAGAAGAAAGAGCCAAGAAAAGAGGAACAAGUAUUGAAGAAAUUACUGGAAGUUAUGAUAUUAGAAAAUUGGUUGAGAAAAUAAAGCCUUUUAGUAGCCUUAGUUCCUCCCCUGCUAAACUUACCGAAGGAGAAGUGAAAAAAAUUUUUCCUGCUGACAUACCCUUUACUGAUACUACCAAUUUUAUUCGCGGAAUAAUUAGAGCUUCCAAAGAGAAAUUAAGAAAGUCAAAUUUUCCUGAAUUCUUAUUGAUAAUAGACAGAGUAAAACUCGAAUUUACCCAAACCAAUGCCGAUAUAGAAAGUUCUUUUAAAGAUAUGGAAUUUAUUCCCAGUUCCUCCAAUGUUGUCAAGGAAGAUGAGUAUAUUAAAUGGGUUGAUAAAUUAGGAGUAGAAUUUAAAUUAAAGACUAGUCCAGCCUUAUUAAUUACUCCUUAUUAUUUGGAAGAUGAUAACAGCCAAUCUUAUGAUUAUUCCCAAAUGGCUGAGGAAAAACUGAAAGAAGAAAUAAAAUCUACCAGAUUUUUCGACGAAGAAUCUAAAGAAAAAUGGAAGAAACUUGAACUCAUAAGAAAUUUGGCCACGAACCCUCUUAUUUCACUUAUGAAGAAAUUGCCAAAAGAAAAGCCCAAAAAGAAGGAGAAGAUUGAUUUGGUGAAUUGGGGGGUAAAUUAG